AUUGACGCAAAGAGCAUUGGUUUUCGUGUCUUGUUAGAUUUGUUUUGCAAAAGUAAUCUCAAAGUUUUCAUUAUUUUUAAUUUUGAGCCGAUAAUUCCAAAACCUUAUAUUCCGAUAUUUAAAAUUAUAUUUAUUUAGUUGUAGUUCUAAAACCCGUAAUACGGCUUACAAAGUAUAAAAUAGGUACUACUUAUAAGCUUUACACAUUUUAGUAUUUAAAUACCUACUGUAUGUAAAAGAAAAUGACUCUACAGGAAACUAUGAUCAGUCAGGAACUGGCUAAUGUAGAUUUAUCAAAGGUAGCAGCUUUACAACAGAAGCGAACACUGGCUUUUGUGAAUCAUUUUGUUCUUACGAAUGUGCAGUUUCUUAACAAUUUUAUGAAAAGAUGUGAACAGAAACUAAUGGAUUUUGACAAGAAGCUGGAGAAAGUUAACGCUGCCAUGGUUUUAUUGGAGGCCAGACUGUCAUCCAUACCAGAAUUGAAUACAGUGACACAAACAACAGUUCAGAAGACUCCUGAUGUCACAGAGGCAAAGUCUAGUGAAGAAACUCCAUUAGAAUCACACACUGUAGCACCUGUCCAAGAUUCAAAGAAUGCAGAGACUUCAAGUGAAACCGUGGAAACCAUAGAAGACAAACCUUCACACCCUGAAUAUGAUAGAUUUGUGAAGAUGGUUCAAGUUGGAGUACCAUUACAAGCUGUGAAAUUAAAAUUAUCAUUGGAAGGAUUAGAUCCUAAUAUUUUAGAUGAGAUUUUAGGGAAAUAAGCUCAGAACAUUAAUUGCAUAUAAAUAAUUGAUUUAGUUUUUACCAUUUAUGGCCUAUACCUGUUUAUAUGAGCUAGCAACAGCUUUAAAGUUUUGUUACUGGAUUGUACAUAGUAUGUGAAACAUAAUAAAAAUCUGAAGUAUAAUAAUUUUAAUAAAAUGUUAUUUUAAUAUUUUUUAUCUUAAGAUCAAGAUUGGUGUACCUACUAACACAAGUAGGAGCUAACCCACACAAAUGUUUAUUCUGAG